AUGAAGAUAAAUAUCUUAUUAUAGGGUAUCAAAUGCAUAGAUAUCUAUGGAGUCCCUGUUGGAGUCAACUUUGAAAGUAAGGGAGUAUAUAAAACCUCUUUUGGCGCGUUGAUCACUGCAGUCAUUUUCAUUCUUAUUAUGCUUUAAACCUACUACUCUGGAUUAGAUUUAAUAGCUAGAAAUAAUCCCAAAGUCAUCACCAGUGAAUAAUAUGUUCGUAACCCUGAGAGAAUGGUAUUCGAUAAUGUACAGCAGGUAGUUAUGAUGGGUUUCAAUACUCCUUCUAGCUAGUACAUAAGUAAUUCAUCUAUAAUUUAAGUAUCUGCUAUUUUAUCAACUGUAAAUAAGGUUUUAAACUAAACUACUAUGUAAUAUGAUACUGUGACUACAAAUACUCCCCUAAGGAUAAGGCCCUGCACUAUUAAUGACGCUAAAGUUGAAAAGGUCUAAGAUUAUUUUAGAAAACUUCCUCUAAAUAGCUUGUUUUGCUUUGAUGAUAACUAGCAAAUCUAUGUAGAGGGUGAUUACUCUGGAGACUUCUACUCCAGAGUUGAUGUCUCUUUUAAUUAAUGUGUUAAUUCUACUAAACCAGGGUCAGUAAUUUGUUAACCUUAAAAAUAAAUUGAUAAAGUUUUAUCCAAUGUUAACUUUUUAGUGUAUAUGAUGGAUAAAAUAUUAGAUCCAAACAACUACGAACAGCCUUUUGACUAUUAAGGAUUCAACAUAUAAGCAUAAGCUACAAAUUAGCAAUCAUAGACUUAUACUGCUUAUUUUGAAAAUUAUUACAUAGAAUCAGAUAUUGGACUAAUACAAUAAGAUAUUAAGAGAACAAAAGAUUUUAAAUUUGUUGCAACAGAUACAACAAUCGUUUAUAAUAAUCCUAGUCUUGUGAUAAAAUUUUCAAUGAGACCUUACAAAAAUAAGCAAUAACUAAUUUAAAGAUGGUACAUGAAGCUUACUGAUUUAAUUGUUUAAGUAGGCGGUGUGCUUAAGUUUCUUACUGUUGCUGGAUUUUUACUUUGCCACCCUUACGCAAAACUAAAUUUAACUAAAGAUAUUAUAAAUAGCGUUUUUGACUUUGAAGAAAAUAAAAAAGAUAGCUGCAAAUCAAAGUAAAAUUUUGAUUCAGAAUAGAAAGAAAUAAAACAUUAGGAGAGUUUUUAAUUAGAUUCAAUCAUAAUGAAAAAUCUAUCCAAAGAGCAGAUUCAAAAUAUUCAAAAUUCUUUGAGUUUAUCAUAAAAAACAAUUUCACCAUCUAUAAGAAGCUAAAAAAGGUAUGAUUAAAUUGAACAAAAGUUAAAACUAAGAUUGAUGAAAAACUCAAAUAAAAUGGAUUCUUCUUAACACGAUCAAAAUAAAUAGUUGAUUAAAAUAGAAACUGGUGAUCAGUCUUAAAGAGCUUAAUUGCUAGAGUAGUCAAAAACUUAAAUUUCAAAAUAAUAAUAAUAAUAAGAACUUUAUAAUUCUAUUUAGUUAACAUCGCCGCGUUAAAAUUAAAUAAAUUAAAAAAUUAAAGAUGAAAUAGAAAAUUAAAAUGAUAACAAGAGCGAAUAAGAUGAGAGUCUAUUUAAAACUGCAAUAAUAAAUAGAAUUUAGAAAUUAAUAAACCCCUUGAAAAAAAAAGUUUAAUUGAAAAUGAAUGAUUAUUUGAGUAAUUUUUCAAAUUGUUCUUAAAUAAAAACAAAUUUGAUGGAAGAAGGUAUCAAAAAAAUCAAUCAUCGUUCCCCAAACAUAUUUAACUAGGCAUAAUCAUCAUUGAUUAAAUCUUCAUAAAAUGAUUUUCUUUAGUCUAAAUAAAAUCAAGAGACAAAUUCUUUUGCUGAUAAAUUUGAAAUUUAAGAAGAAGGAAUAAAAUCUGACUAUUACUUCAACUUUUACAAAAAAUCUAAGAAAAAUUCAUUAAAUUUAUCUUGA